AUGAGUAAGAACAAUAUAAUGUGUAGUCUUAUUAACGUAAGAAAUGCCUUUUUGGUUGAAGUCAGCAUUGGGAUUCCAGCCAAUGCCAUCCUUCUGCUCUUCCACAUCCUCAUGUUCUUGCUAAAGCACAGACCCAAGCCCACCGACCUCACCAUCGGGCACUUGGCCCUCAUCCACCUGGUGAUGCUGAUCAUCAUCGGGGUCAUAGCCAUGGAUGUGUUUGAGUCUCAGGAGCAAUGGGACGACAUCACGUGUAAGGCAGUCAUCUUCUCCUACCAGGUGCUGCGGGGCCUCUCCCUGUGCAACACCUCCCUGCUCAGUGUCCUCCAGGCCAUCACCCUUAGCCCCAGGAGCUCCUGGUUGGCCAAGUUCAAACAGACCUCCACACAUCACAGCCUGCACAGCUUUUUCUUCAUCUGGGUCUUCAAUUUGUCCAUGAGUGCUCGAUUCUUAAUCUCCAUUGCUGCCACAACAAAUCACACAGCCAGGAAUGUUUUGUUAGUCACUAAAUCCUGUUCUCUCUGGCCCCUGAGUUACUUAUUCAGGCACAUGUUGUCCAUGUUGGGGCUCUUCCGGGAUGUCUCCCUCACAGGGCUCAUGGCCCUCUCCAGUGCCUACAUGGUGACCCUCCUGUGCAGGCACAAGAGGCAGUCCCAGCACCUUCACAGCACCAGCCUUUCUCCAAGAGCCUCCCCAGAGCUCAGGGCCACCCGCACCAUCCUGCUGCUCAUGGGUGUCUUUGUGCUCCUGUACUUGACGGACUGCAUUGUGUCUGCCUUCUCAGGGAUGGCAUGGAAUGACGCAGUUCAUUUGUGUGUCCAGAUGUUUGUGGGCAAUGGCUAUGCCACCAUUGGGCCUUUGGUGCUAAUCAGUAGUGAAAAACGAAGGGUUAAGUUUUUGCAAUCCUUGUGGUAGAAGGAAGGCUAA